CAGCUGAUCCAAUUCCUUAUCCAUUGGGUUAUGGAUGUGCUCGUAAAAAUACUUCACCCACCCAUCCGUUACCAGAUUUUAGUCAAAUCAAAGCAUUUACAAUGGACAUGGAAGCCGUCAUUACUUAUCCCGAUGGCAGCAUGGUUAAAUCAACUGCUCGAGUAAUGAAACAAGGCGAUGUCAUUUCAUACGAAAUCACAGAAGGAACCGAAUUCGUUCGUUCCAUUGAGUUACCACCUCCUUUAGGACUAUUUGAAGUUGAUGAACACAGUGGUCAAUGUCGCUAUCGUACAUCAAAUUAUAAUAAGGAUGUUACAUUAAUCACGAAAUGGCCUUUGAAACCUAGUUUCAAUUUAUUGUAUUAUCUGGUAAUGAAACCUUCUCGUGAUCAUCCAACAACUUUUAUUGGCGAUAUACCUUUAGGACCUUUUCGGGUUGAAGAAUACAGAGCGACCAAUUUUUUGCCAAACAGCAUAGAUGCCAUUAUUGAUUAUUAUUAUUCGUCUGAUAAAGUAAAAGUGCCUUAUAAAGUUGUAUUUACCAAAGAUAGGAGCCAGUUCUCUUUGACAUCUCCAGAUAAGAUUGAAGUAACCAUAAUUGAUUAUCGUGACGAUUACUUUGAUUUUGAAGAUCGAUUCGAUGUUUCUGGGUGUUACGAGAAACCUGGAGCCUUUACUUGGUUUCAAUUGGUUUUUUCAAAUCCUUGGAUGAAUGAUGUCACUUUGGAAUUGGUUAGACAAGGGGUACAAGAAUUGUUACUCCAAUUUAUCCCAAUAACUCGAAUCGGCCAAAUUCAUGCGGUCAACAUCGACACCAAUGUUUAUGUUACUGUCAAGCUUCACGAUCGUAUACAUUUAAUUGACACUUAUCAGGUUAAACGUGGUUAUACAAUCAGCAGUCCAACAGAUAUAGUGCAAAAGUUGACACCUGAAGAUUGUGAGCAGCUUUGCAGUUCAACAACAGCCUGCUAUGAUUUUAGUUAUUGCUCCAAUUUUGAUUGUUUUAUUCUGGCAUUUCCAUCUUCAAGCAUUAUCGAUACACAAUAUAAUGAAGAUUGUAAUCUUUACCGUCGCGUCUGGUUUGGACAUAAGCUUUCAGAAUACGUUAAGGGAAACCAUUUAUCGUCAAUUUUACACGUUUUACAGCAGAUACGGAAUAAAGUGUCCGAGGGUCAAUUCGUUUUACACUCGGCUGCUCUGACAGCUGAAGAUUUGUUCAUUGUAAGUGGUCCUGAUGAGAUUGGUGACAUUUCCCAAGAAUAUAAACAAGGAACCUUUAGGCCUGUUAAAGGAGAAGACUUUCCUUUGAUUAAAACUGGUCGUCAUUUCAAUGAAGCACAAUUUAAAAUUGAAAAAGGUUCACUUACCGAAUGUUUCAUGGCCUGUUUAAACGAUGAGGACUGUAAUACACUUUCUUAUUGCAUUAAUAAAAACAAGGAAUGUAUUUUGAGCGGUGAAACUUCAACAACAUUGGAUAAUAAACUAGAGGAUAAAACAAGCCACGCAGAUGGAUGCAACAUCUAUGAAAAGUCUUUUAUCAACCUGUUUAGUGAAUUUCCUGGAAAGAAUCUUGUUCUGGAUGCUGUAUCCACCGUAUCUAAUGUCAUUAUUACCGAUUGUGCCAAAGCAUGUGCUCAGACUAAAGACUUCAACUGUGAAUCAUUUGAUUAUUGUUCAGACAACAAUAACAGAAAUGGGUCCAUUUGUUAUUUACAUGUUAAUCACAUUGAGACAGACACAGCUCAUGAAAUCAACAGAACCAAUUGGAAGUUUGCUGAAGAUGGAUGUACACAUUUUUCCAAAAAGUCUGAUCGCGAUUAUGAACACAAAGUUGGAUAUUCAUUGAAAGACGAUGUGAAGGAAUCAGUUGUUGGAACAUUUAGUCAUCUUUCAUUGGACCAUUGUGCUUCCAAAUGCAAUUCGAAUCCCGAUUGUUUUACUCUUGAAUUCUGUGAAACAAUUGGAUAUGAUUCAACCUUUGAUUCAUCCUUUUCUUCGUCCUCUUGUAGAUUAACAAAUUUAAAGUCAACCAGCGUCGUUAAUCAAACUCAAUUUUUUGAACAGUCAAAAGAUCCUAAAAAAAUUUGCUCAAUUUUCAUAAAUCACAUGAAAAUAAUAGCUAAAGAUAAAUCUAAAGAAUCAUCACCAUCCACAAUGAAAUCAAAUCAUUUCAAUUUAGCCAUUGGAACGGGUGCAGCUAUAUUCAUAUUAUCAUUAGCUGGUGGAUUCGUUGGGUUUACAUUUGCUUCCAGGAAAGGAUUAGUUUAAAAGAUAACUGAAACAACUAAUUGAUUUAACUUUUUACUAGAAAACAUUUUUGUAAUUACGUAA